AGAAAAGCUACGUCAACGGAGGUUUGACUGCCCUACUGUUGCAAAAGUAAGACCUUCGGUGUUCCGGCAAUAGAACGCUUCUAUCGAGUUCUCUUCGUGGGUGCUCGCGUGUAAUCCUCUCCAUCCGUUCACACAUUGAAGGGCAACGCCAUGUUUGCGGUCAGAAAAUCUCUCCGCCUCGGUUCGAAGCUGUUGGUGCCCUUCUUGUCGAGGCGAGGAUGCGCUGGAGCUGCCAUCCCCGUGGACGAUGUGGUGAAUGGGCUGACCGACGAGCAGAUCCAGCUCAGGCAAAGUGUUCGUAAAUUCUGUGCUGAAAAACUUGCACCCCAAGCCGACGAGAUAGACAAGAAGAAUGAGUUUGCUGGAAUGCGGGAAUUCUGGAAAGACAUGGGAGAGAUGGGGCUGCUAGGGAUAACUGCACCAGUGGAAUACGGAGGCACUGGAUUGGGCUACCUAGAUCAUGUCAUUGUUAUGGAGGAAGUCUCUCGCGUGUCCGCGGCCAUAGCUCUCAGCUACGGCGCUCACUCCAACCUGUGCGUCAAUCAGAUGGUGCGCCACGCCACCGAGAAGCAGAAAGAGAAGUACAUGCCAAAGUUACUGACAGGAGAGCAUGUAGGCGCUUUAGCCAUGAGUGAGCCGAACGCUGGCUCUGAUGUCGUGUCCAUGAAACUCAAGGCGAAGAAGCAAGAUGACUACUAUAUUCUGAACGGUAACAAGUUUUGGAUCACAAACGGACCAGACGCCGACGUCCUCAUUGUAUACGCCAAGACAGACCCAGAGGCCUACCAGAGAGGCAUCACUGCUUUCAUUGUUGAGAAGGGGAUGCCAGGUUUCUCCACGGCACAAAAGCUGGACAAACUGGGCAUGAGAGGGUCCAACACUUGUGAGCUGAUCUUUGAGGACUGCAAAGUCCCAGAGAAGAACAUCCUGGGGCCAUUGAACAAAGGAGUUUACGUGAUGAUGAGUGGUCUGGAUCUGGAGAGGCUGGUACUUGCAGCUGGACCUGUUGGCAUCAUGCAGUCCGUUUUGGACUCUGCAGUUCCCUACCUACACGUCAGAGAAGCUUUUGGAGAGAAGAUUGGACACUUCCAGCUGAUGCAAGGCAAGAUGGCUGACAUGUACACCAGGUUGAGCUCCUCUCGGCAAUAUUUGUACAACGUCGCCCGGGCCUGUGACAAAGGACACUUCAGUGCCAUGGACUGUGCCGGAGUCAUUCUGUACUGCGCUGAGAAUGCCACCAAGGUCGCGCUAGAUGGCAUUCAAUGUUUGGGUGGUAACGGCUACAUCAACGACUACCCCAUGGGACGUUACCUGCGGGACGCAAAGCUGUAUGAAAUUGGCGCUGGCACGAGUGAAAUCCGCCGCCUUAUUAUCGGACGAUCCUUCAAUGCCAUGUUCAAGUGAGAGGGAGAUAAAAAAAAGGAGAGAAUCGCUCGACGGAGUGAGCAAAAGUGCAAUUUUUGUCCACCAGAAACACUUCUUCACACCCCCAAGGCCUUGACUGCCGCUGACCUACAUUAUGUUUGGGUGUCUCUGUUCUUGUUCUAUUUUUCUCAUAUCAAGCAAUAACUUGAUUGACUCAAAUACCAGUCAUAGAGUUGUGAGCUGUUACAACAAAUCAUUUGUGUAAUUAAAAUUUUAUUAGCAUUUGAAAGUCUUUUUCACUUGACGUGAAUGUCUGGCUUCAUUUCAAUUCCAGAACCCCCCGGCUAAACGAACCAGAUUUAGCAAACACGCAUAUUUCCAGGAUGUUCACUACCUCUGCUCGGUGGAUGGCAAUAAUGUGUCAAAUGAAUCAUGUUGUCCUUUUACGGUUUAUAAAUUUAAAUUCUUCCUGUUACAGUACCGUGAGAGUGAAAUGGCACACAGGUGAUUAUCGAGUAUACGUAUGGGUCUGAUUGAGCUUUUUGUCUCAUUCUAGGGCACUUGGUGCCAAGUCCUGACUCUGAAAUCAAACCUCAUUUUAGAUAUUGACUUUUGUCCAGCUUUCCAGGUUUCCGUUGCUAUCAUAACCAUGAUCAUGAUUGGGCACCGUUGAUAAAACAAUUCAGCGCACACUCAAAGUGCUCAUUGAGCUUCUUUUGUUAGUAAACAAUCUUGAGGUCAUGUUUUAAAAGAGGUAAAAUUAUUUUAAUCUUGCAUUGUCGUGAUCAGGCUCUUUCAAAUGUUUUGUCUUCUCUCCAAUGCUCUUGGAUUUGAAUGUGUUGAUUUAUAUGAUGUGUGAACAAUUUUGUGUGCAGUAAAAAACAUUUUCCACGCGUGUUAGUUAUUAUGUGCUGCUGACCCAUGACAAACAGUAGUAUGGUGUAAUUAUGGAUGCAACAAAAUAUUCAGUGGUGUAAAAAGUAACUAUGCAUGAGUGUAAUUAUAGUAUAAUAAAGGCACAAUAAAAAGCAGCGGAAUGCCA